UCCUGCCUCGGUUGUUGGUCGCUCGCACGCCGAGGACUCGCGCGAACCUCGACGCCUCUAGUCAGCCAAAGCUCUUCAGUAAGACUUGUGCUUUUAUUACUUCCGAUCCUCGAUUUAUCAGUUAAGUCUUUAGGCGGUUCUCUUUGAAUAUUUUCAGUCAACAAGACCAAGCUCUGUUGAUUAACUAAAAAACAGUGUAAAAUUUAUUUUUUUCGUUUUCUUUUUCGGACGCUGAUCACUCAGUUAAGUGCGAGAAUUUAAAAAAUAAUUAGCUGAUUUAAAUUAAAAGUCCCCAAAUGUUAACAUUAACCCAAUAUUGAACAGCAGACAGUGAAUUAGAAGUGAAUUUAAUUUUGAUAAACUCUAAGUGAGACGAUGCGAGUUGAGUGCACCCUUGACACGCGACUGAACGCACGCAAGUGAUCAAAAUUAACCCUUCUAUAACCAUCAAUCGAUUCCCAAUAAGCAAAGUGCAUCGAUAACACCCGACAAAGUUGUCGUUGACAAUUAUAAAAAAUAAAGAGGACAGUACGUUCUCUCGUCGUCGUCGUGCGAUGCUCGAAACUGAAGUACUGACUCGUAUCAGACGUGAGUCCCGCCGUUUCAAGAGGUAGCACCACGAAAAAUCACUAGCUCAUCAGCUGCUUCUAUUGUCGCUACUUCGAGACUUACGACCCCGUCGACGGCGACGACGACGAACCACUAAAAUUACAGGAACAUAUGUAUAUCUAUAUCUAGUCACUUAUAUUCGGCCAUCGAUAGUCAAAAAGUUUGUCCAGUGAUCGACAAUCGUUCGUCAACUAACAGUCGUGUAAAUACAGUGUACAGUUUAGAUCAUUCACAGUAAUUUAAUCUAAUUGUAUUAGUUGUCCAAAAGUGACCCAUCCCUUGAUAUUUUUUAAGGUGUUUUCGUAGUUAGGAGUAGUUAUAGGGUUCACGAGAGCAGGCUUAGGAGUUCCUCCUUCGUGGAGUCUGAUUUUAAUGUUACAUAUUGAUAGUUAAUCUUUAGGGUAAUUUGUUAAUGUAAUCUUAAGAUAGGGUUAAACCUAAAACAGGUCGGAGCAGUACGGGUGAAAUAGCCUUCUUAAGCCAUUGAUAAUAACGUUAUCAUCGGUAAUUAGCACGGCACUCAAUUAAUAAUAAAAUUUAUUUAUAAUUAAAAAAAAAAAAUUACCGAAAAAAAAAUAAAAAAUUGAUUACGUAAAAGUUAAAAGGAAGAUAUUAUAAGUGUACGCUGAUUAAAUUGAGGGAUUAAGACAUUUUUAUUGUCAAUAUAUUGAAUAAAGUCUCAGUCCUCUUUGCAAAUCCUCAAAGCCCGUCUUUAUUUCGAUCGAGGUAAGACCACGCUUGGGGACCAAAUUAAUCGCACGCUAUUUAUUAUAUUUUGGCUUAAUAGCUCAAGCUAACUAAAUUGUAAUCCAUAAGAUUAAAUUAACAUUAAUUAACGUAAUCAUUACCAUUAAGUGUAAAUACUGAAGUAAUAAUCAAUUAUAUCAGAGUAUAUAAAUAUAUCUGGCCGUGAGACGCACAAGAAUAAGAUGAGCAAUAAAUGAUAGCUUAAGAAGCGAGACCGUCCAACGUGAACACUUUUAUUUUGUGCUAAUAAAUAAUAACAGGAUAAUAAAUUUGGGCGAUGAGGCUUUCUUGAAUCGGGCAUGUUGGCCCUGGCCUCCCUGAGAUGCUACCAGAGGUACCAACCAACACAACCACCAAAACCAGUCAUAAUAAAUCAGAGGAAUUCCGGAAGAACAGAGCUGGGUUGGAUCAUCACACUGAUGUUUCUGCUACUGCCAACAGCUUGUCCAGCGCCUCAGCAAUCUUCCAGUUCGGCUCCUCCUUAUUCGCCAAAGGGGGGCUCAGCUUCCGAGGAAGGAACAACAAGUGGGUCUCUGAUAAGGUGGACGCGAUAGCAAAAGCUUGGGUCGAAGGUGCAAGUCAUGCCGGGCUACGAGGGCGCGGUGAUUAACGUCAUCAGCGGAGUUAGUCUGGCGUCGACGAGCAUCUUCGAGAACAUGAAUUACAAUAACAAUUCGUAUGGUUACAACAUAGAGUCGACAACCUCCAGCAACGGCAGUUCAUCAACAAUUGACUACUCGAGCAGUUCGACAGCUAGCUUGACCAGCGACAGGGUCACACUUCCAGUUGGAGACAAUGAUCAGGUUCGAGGGCAAAUUGGUGGUCCAAUCAAGCAGACUGAUUUGAGCAGUUGUGAAAAGUGCUCAUCGAAAUUGAAAGAUACGAGACUUAAAGAGGAGGAAGAGGACGAGGGCUACGCUUCUGGAGACGAGUCGGUGGACGAGUCGGUUGAUCGUGAUGCUGAUGAAGAGAGGAUAACUGAUUUUGAAGGGGAGUUUCGGGACACUGGUUUGCUGUUCAGCUCCGAGGAAGAUUUCAUAACGAUGGACGAGCUUAAUGGUAGUUACUUCAAUAACAGUUACGGGAAAUUCGACGGGAUUUUGUUGGGUAGUUAUAACAAUACCGGUAAUGCCAGUGAUAACAACGAAACUUAUGUUGAAGGUCUGUACCCCUCGGGCUACAGCCUGAUACAAAUAAUAUUUGCAUCGAUUGCUGCGACGAUACUCAUGAUUAUUGUCGUCGUCGGCAACAUGCUCGUGAUAAUAGCGAUAGCUACCGAAAAGGCGCUUAAGAACAUCCAGAAUUGGUUCAUCGCCAGUCUGGCGGUAGCUGACUUUUUUCUCGGGCUUCUGAUCAUGCCCUUUUCCCUCGCCAACGAAAUCAUGGGCUACUGGAUUUUCGGGUACUGGUGGUGUGAUAUUUACUCCGCGAUGGACGUACUGCUUUGCACCGCGAGUAUCAUGAACUUGUGUUUGAUAAGCUUAGAUAGAUAUUGGAGCAUUACGCAGGCUGUGGAGUACCUCAAGAAGCGGACACCUGCUCGAGCCGCUCUCAUGAUCACACUUGUUUGGCUCAUGUCCGCGCUUAUUUGCAUCCCGCCGCUUUUGGGGUGGAAAAGACCCACACCCGAGGAGGAGUAUCCCAAGUGCAAGCUGUCGGAGGACAUUGGAUAUGUGCUCUAUUCAGCACUUGGAAGCUUCUACAUCCCUUCAUGCAUAAUGGUGUUCGUAUACAUACGCAUAUAUUUUGCGGCAAAAGCGAGGGCGAGAAGAGGAAUACGGAAGAAACCAAGACCGCAGCCAGCGGCACCACCUGAGUCACCGGAUAUCCGGCAGACAAGCUUCACUCAGUCUACUUCGGCAACGGAGCCUAGGCUGGCUCACGGCAUCAAUACUCUAGAAAAUGUAGCGACCAUCGAGAAUCAACCAGUACAAAUUCCCAUCGUCACUUGUGACUUCGCAAGUGAUGUAAGUACUUCCGAAGCCGAUCCUGGGGGUGGAUCUACUACCGAUGAAAAAGAUACGCUCAAGGUCUCAGUGGCACUGCCACUGCAGAAGACAAAUCUAAAGGCAACGUUGUCGGUGAACGGAAAUGAGGGUCACUCAGGUCUAACAACGCCAUCGAUGACUAUCAGUGUUCCACAGACAUUACGUUGCCGUGCCCCGAGUGUCGGCAUUGACGUUGAUAUGGUGUCAGAAUUCGAUCCAUCGUCGUCAGACAGCGGUGUCGUGUCCCGCUGUGCAGUUGUAAAACCACUUAAAUUACGUUUGUGCCGACCAAUAUUUGGUCGCAAAGCCAUGGGUAAAGUAAAGCGUGAUAAUAACAGUGAUGCAUCCUCAUCGCGUAACAAUAAUCUGUCGGGCAAUAACAAUAGUCGGGAUUGUGGGACACCAGUCGGAGUUUUGAAGCCAGUUAAGCCGCGGGAUCCAGAAAGGGAGAAACGUCGUAUCGCACGAAAAAAGGAGAAACGUGCAACAUUGAUUCUUGGUUUGAUAAUGGGCAGUUUUAUUGCUUGUUGGUUACCAUUUUUCUUUUUAUAUAUUGUUAAACCAUUGUUCCCAUUUUUAUCUAUUCCUGGACAAACAUUUGUAAUUGCGUUCUGGCUCGGUUACAUGAAUUCCGCCCUUAAUCCAGUCAUUUAUACAGUAUUCAAUAAAGACUUUCGUCGUGCGUUUCGUAGGAUACUUUAUAAAUAAAUUAAUUUUAUUGUUGGAUUAUUUAACGUGU